GUGAAAAUACCUUUAGAAAUGAUGACAAAUGACACACAUUGUAACUUUUAGUUUAAAAAUUCCACUUGGAAUUUGGGGGCAGUGCAAUCGUUUAAAAGUACUUCAACCUCAAUUUUGUUUACAUGUUUGUUUUUAUCAAUUUCAUUGUGUAGUUUCAGUAGUUAUCAAGUAAAACAAUUAUUUUUAAACCUCAUUGUAGAAGCAAAGUCCCCGCUAUCUUGUAUGUACAUAACUUUCAUUAAUUGCAUAAUUCAUGAUUCAUUUAUAUCGCACUUUUUCCAAGAACAAAAUGACCUUGUUGCGUUUAUUCAACUGAUCUAAUAAAACAUUUCAAUUGAAUUUUAUUGAUAGUAAUACACAAUUGUUCUCGAUUAUAAUUUCAUUUAUAUUAAACAUUCUAUCGUGAUGUACUCGCUAUGGGGGCAUGCUUAACAUUAGAACGUGAGGAAGGAAAAGCAAGAAAAAGAAGUGAAGAAAUUGAUAGACAACUGGGAGAAUUCGCUAAACAGCAGAAUAAUGUUAUCAAAAUACUACUUUUGGGUGCUGGAGAAAGUGGGAAAAGUACCUUAGUCAAACAAAUGAAAAUAAUCCACACAGAUGGAUUCACACAUGCAGAAUUGAGCAGCUUCAGACCUACAGUACUAGACAAUCUUUUGGCUUCCAUGAAAUAUGUACUAGUUGGUAUGGGUAUACUAAGGAUAAACCUGGAACACCAAAGAAAUAAAGUUCAUGCUGAAAAUGUUUUGCUGGCCAAGAGUUGUUUUGAUAUGAGCUUCACGAUAUUACCUGAUGUGGCAGCUUCCCUUCAAGCCCUUUGGUCUGAUAGAGGUGUGAGAUUGGCUGUGGCGAGAGGUUAUGACUACGAGUUAAACGAUUCAGCUCUCUACAUACAAACAGAACCACUAGUCAACCAGAAUCAAGAACUGAUGAAUGAAAUUUCCCUUCUAAAGAAACAACUAAAUGCGGCAACAGCAAAGGUGUCUGCAAUGGAAAGUACAAUUUCGGCCGUAGAAAAUAUUUUUUCUAGAAAUCAAAUUAAAAAAAUUCAAAAUAACAAACGGAUAUUGUGGUCUACAUCUGAAAUUUCGAAAGCUAUAUCAUUGUAUUCAGCUGGACCUCGAGCUUACAGACUAAUGAUAAAAAGAGGUUUUCCGUAUCCAGCAGUAUCCACAUUGCAAUCUUGGCUGAAAAAAAUUAAAAUACAACCUGGAACAAUAAAAAAUGCAUUUAAAAUCGUAGAAUACUCCAGUUUUAGCAGGAAAGACAAAGUAUGCACUUUGUUAUUUGACGAAAUGAAAAUAAAAAAAGAGUAUGUCUACGAUAAAUCUGAAGACCAAGUGUUACAGCCAUUUUCAUAUGUGCAAGUCAUAAUGCUGACGGGUCUAUUUAAACAGUGGAAACAACCUGUGUAUUACAAUUAUGACACAAAAAUGACUUUUUCCAUCCUAUCCGAGGUCAUUACAUUUGUAGAAAAAGCAGGCUUCCAAGUAGUAGCUAUGGUUUGUGAUUUGGGUGGUGGAAAUAGAGCACUGCACAAUGAAUUGGAAAUAACAGAAAGCAAACCUUACUUUAAAAACCCACACAAUGGUGAAAAUGUUUAUGUAUUUGCUGACGUGCCGCACCUAUUAAAGCUUAUCAGAAAUCAUUUUGUGGACGAAGGCUUUAUUUUUAAUGGAAAAGAACUAAAUAAGGACUGUGUUGAAUCUGUUAUUGAUGCUACAACAGGUUCAGAUUUAAAAAUUACUCACAAAAUAGAUAAAGAAAAGCUCAAUGUGAGAGGAGCUCACAGGCAGAGAGUAAAAUAUGCUGCAAAAUUAUUCUCUCAUACUGUAUCGAAAGCUAUUAGUAGGUGCGGCAUGCUUGGUCUUAUCAAUCAAGACGAAAAUUGGACAGAAUUGGCAGAUGUUUUUAAAUUGGUGAACGACUGGUUUGACAUAUUCAAUGUGAGCGUUCCUGUAAGCGACACUCGAACCAGAAACCGGGCAUAUGGUUUGGCGCUAGAAGGCCAAAAUAAUAUUUUGCAAAGAAUGUCAGAAAUGGUUGCAACAAUGCGAGUUAAAGGCAGGAAAUCAUUGCUUCCGUUCCAGAAAGGUAUUCUGAUGUCAAACAAGGCUCUGCAAUUGCUGCUUGAAGAUAUCAAGAAACGAUACAAUAUUAACUACAUUUUGACGAGGCGCUUAAACCAAGAUCCGUUGGAGAAUUUUUUUGGGGUUAUAAGAGCGAAAGGUGGUUUAAACGAUCAUCCCACUUCUUUGGAUUUUAAAUAUCGAAUGCGUUCUUAUUUAAUGGGAAAAAACGAAGGUGCUUUUUCUGACUACUGUAAUGUUGAAGACGAUGGUACUCCUACAUUAACUAUAAGCGGUAACAUGAUGAAAAGCUUGCUUCAACAACAACUUUUGACACCAAUCCUACGGAUGGAGAUGACAUAGUCCUGUGUAAAGAACUUGAUGAUUUAGUGUAUGAUGGACUAGAACAUUUAGGAGGAUUUAUUUGUAGCAAGCUUAAACGGAAGUUACCAAAUUUGACUGAUCAAAGUUCGACGUCUUACACCUGGACCGAUCAUUUGACAGAGGGUGGACUAUGUAAACCUUCUAACGAAUUUAUGGCUCAUUUGGAAAAACUAGAAGACAUUUUUCAAAACUUUAAUGGAGAUUCCAUAUUUACUGGCAAACAAUAUAUUUCAAGUCUGUUGUCCUUAAGUGUUGAUGUUGAUUGUCCUCAAGAUGCUAAGAAAGUAUUUUUUCGGUCACGUAUGUACUUUCGUAUAAAAGAAUUUAAUAAAAAAAUAAUUUUAGCACGUAGUAAUAAACGAAAAAUUCAAAAGACUAUCGCGUAAUGUCCAUAGUUUUAUAUUUUUAAAAUAAAUUGUUUAAGAA